CCCGCCGUGCGGCCGGAAGUUCCGGUGGCGGAUCGCUGGACCGGGCCCGAGCGGAUCGGGGCCUCGGGCUGCGGGCUCGGGCUGCGGGCGCAGGGCGGGCCAGACGCGGAGCCUGGGAGCGAAACCCAGGCUGUGCCGCGCGGCGCCAUGAAGGGCAAGGAGGAGAAGGAGGGCGGCGCGCGGCUGGGCGCCGGCGGCGGAAGCCCCGAAAAGAGCCCGAGCGCGCAGGAGCUCAAGGAGCAGGGCAACCGGCUCUUCGUGGGCCGCAAGUACCCGGAGGCGGCGGCCUGCUACGGCCGCGCUAUCACCCGCAAUCCUCUGGUGGCAGUGUACUACACCAACCGGGCGUUGUGCUACCUGAAGAUGCAGCAGCACGAGCAGGCCCUGGCCGACUGCCGGCGGGCUUUGGAACUGGACGGGCAGUCUGUGAAGGCGCACUUCUUCCUGGGGCAAUGCCAGCUAGAGAUGGAGAGCUAUGACGAGGCCAUCGCCAAUCUGCAGCGAGCCUACAACCUGGCCAAGGAGCAGCGGCUCAACUUUGGGGAUGACAUCCCUAGUGCUCUGCGCAUCGCCAAGAAGAAGCGCUGGAACAGCAUCGAGGAGCGGCGCAUCCAUCAGGAGAACGAGCUGCACUCCUACCUCACUCGGCUGAUCGUGGCCGAGCGGGAGAGGGAGCUAGAAGAAUGCCAGCGGAACCAUGAGGGUGAUGAGGACGAUGGCCACAUCCGGGCCCAGCAGGCCUGCAUCGAGGCCAAGCACGUGAGGGUGCCCCAGCCCACGUGUGGAUGUGACAAGUACUUAGCAGACAUGGAUGAGCUUUUCUCCCAGGUGGAUGAGAAGAGAAAGAAGCGAGACAUCCCGGACUACCUGUGUGGCAAGAUCAGCUUUGAGCUCAUGCGGGAGCCAUGCAUCACGCCCAGCGGCAUUACCUACGACCGCAAGGACAUCGAGGAGCAUCUGCAGCGCGUGGGCCACUUUGACCCUGUCACCCGGAGCCCCCUGACCCAGGAACAGCUCAUCCCCAACCUGGCCAUGAAAGAGGUCAUUGAUGCGUUCAUCUCCGAGAACGGCUGGGUGGAGGACUACUGAGGCCGGGCAAGGGGCCGGGGCUGCCUGCUUUGCCUAGUGCCCUGGCCCAGGAGGGCCUUGGGGCAAUAGCUCCCAGUCCCUGUACAUAGUUUGUGUCCCUAGAUCCGUGCCCUGGUGUCCCCAACCCCACCCUCAUCAGUUCUGCUGCUGGACCAUGAGCCCCACCUCCACCCCCAUGUGGGCCAGAAACAGCAGGUGAGGGUGGGCUGCUGCCACCACUGUCCUGUAAUAAAAUCUGUGAGCACUAUA